CGCAUCAUUUGUUUCGACAGAUCUGGGACGACGAGCUCGCCGUUAUAGCGCGUCGAUGGGCGUUGCAGUGCAAGUUCUUCGAGAAGGAUCAGUGCCGAGACGUUGGCAAGUAACUCCGACGGAUAUAUCCCAUUUUUCAUCCCGUCCCUUCUGCCUCUCCCCCGCCUCUCCUCUCGCUAUUUUUCAAUAUCCAAUAACCCACAGCGGACGCGAAGUUAUUCCGUCCGAUACGGCCGUCGAAACGCGCGCGAGUACGUAGAGCGUUGCGCACGUAUGUAAGACCGAACUCGGUCUCUUGAUUCUAACGAGAAACCGCCUGUCGUGGAUCUCCCUCGCGCGAAGAUAAAAAUACGUGAAGAUGAUCUCGCGAGAACGGAGAAGCGGAGGAUAAUAUCUCCCUGAAACACAUUGAACGCGAAAACAACCGGCAGUUUCAACGAGACACCGCACUCUGAAAGGGCUCGCGAAGUUUCGCCGUUAAUAAAACAGAAUUGCCUGCGAGCUGCUCUCGUUGCAGCAAUCGUCGUCUUCGAGAUGAUUCGCUACACCGAGGUCGGCGAAUGCAUACGGACGUCCUUAUUGAAACGCAUUCGCUCGUUGCAGAGCGAUUCGGAGUAUGGCAGAAUAUAAACGUGCUCGACAUGGACAGCGCGGCCGGUAGCACGAGCGCGGAGAGAAUUCACUUCCAUAUUACAGCGUGGUACGACGAGGUGGAGGACUUCGACAACGCGAAAGUCGGAAGAGGUUUCAUCCAUUCCAUGUUUGCGCGAGCGUGUGCCCGGGGCACGCGAGGCCGGCUGCCGAGGCCGUCCACCCUCAUCCAGCUCAGGAUAAUCGUACCUUUCAGACUGGUGAACUACUCGGGCGCGCCGUGGCAACUCUCCUCUUACAUCCCCAUCGCAUCGGCGACGUUCAUUUACGUUGGCUGCGGUCGCGCGAUUUACACGCCUGACUUGAACAAGACCGCGGCGGGUUACCAGCGUCGUGACGCAGUCACGCCCGACGGAUUUGGGAAUCGGGUCGAGGUGCUCGUGUGUAAUUACGGACCCGUCGAUCGCAUUGCACCCCGGCAGCUCUACGAGCUCGGCCGGCCGGGCCUGUGCCCGCCCGGCACCCUACACAGCGACCGUUACAAGCCGCUAUGCAGUAAUUGGAAUGGCUAUUUCGAAUCAUUUAAUAAUCAACUUGGCUUCAACUUGAAUCUUGAUGCGGAGGAAUUUUGCAUCUUGUGA